UCUCUCUCUCUCAGGCAGGGGCGGUGAUUUUUACCCUCCUUCCACAUCUAUUUUUUUCCCCCUGAAGUUUGUUGAACCGCUCAGAGAGUCGAGAUCGGAAUAGUCUAGGAUUACGCUUUCCUUUCCAGGAUAUAGACACACACACACACACACACAUACAUAUAUAUAUAUAUAUAUAUAUAUAUAUACAUAUAUACACACGCAGAGAGAGUGAGAAGCGGACCGCAUUGAGACCAUCGAGGAGUCCAAAAAAAAAAUGAAUCGGAGUUUUAAUAAUAAGGCGCCGACUUUGCGCCAGUCGGACCUGGACGCGGUGGAAGUCAAAAGCAAAUAUGGUGCGGAGUUCCGCAGGUUUUCGGUGAACCGAGCGAAGCCUGGAAAAUUCGAGGAGUUCUUUAAGCUGAUCAUGAACCUCCAUCGCAUCGCCAACAUGGAGGUGAUGAUCGGCUACGCUGACGUCCACGGAGACCUGCUGCCUAUUAACAAUGACGACAACUUCUGCAAAGCUGUGUCCACUGCGCACCCGCUGCUCCGGAUCUUUAUACAAAGACAAGAGGAAAUCGACUACAGCACCUUUGGGACCAACACGCUGACCCGAAAGAAGAAGGCUGGCGUGGCUCUGCGUAACGACCUAAACAGGAAGCGUCCGCACAUCCGCAUCGGCCUUCCUCAGGACUUCCGUCCCGUGUCAUCCAUCAUCGACGUGGACAUCGUGCCCGAGUCGCACCGGCGUGUGAGGCUGUACCGACACGGCUCACACAAACCGCUCGGGUUCUACAUCCGAGACGGCACCAGCGUACGUGUCACAGCACACGGCCUUGAGAAGGUGCCGGGGAUCUUUAUCUCCCGCCUGGUCCCUGGCGGCCUGGCUGAAGGAACGGGUCUGCUCGCCGUCAACGACGAGGUUCUCGAGGUCAACGGGAUCGAGGUGACAGGCAAGACUCUGGACCAGGUGACCGAUAUGAUGAUCGCUAACAGCCACAACUUGAUCGUCACGGUGAAGCCGGCUAAUCAGCGUAACAAUGUUGUGCGAGCCAGCCGCGUGUCAGGAAGUUCCGGUCAGUCUUCAGAUAGCAGCAGCAGCUCGGGCAUCACCAGCAUGCAGUCCCUACCCUCCUCCAUGCCCGCUGUGAGCUCCAGCUACGCCCACGACGACCUGGACAGCGACGAGGAGUCGGACAUUGUCAUCGAGAACAGCAUCGGUCGCCAGACUCGCCAUUCGAACGCCUCUCUGGCGUCGCUCACGUCUCGAACCACUCAACUGACCUCCGCCUCGCCUCCCAAACCCCAAAGCAGACCGCUCUCGGUCGUGUCCACGGCUUCCUUCCAUUCAAACGCCAGCCUCAACGGAACAGGCCACAACAGCCUGAGCUACAGGCUUCACAGAGACCUGAACCUCCAUCACACGGCUUUCAACGGCGCCAGAGAAAGCAACGGCAGCCUUCACAAAAUCCUCAGCAGCCUGAGAACGGACCCUCGGAACAGCCUGGCGCUGCCCAGCGGCGGCGUAGAGGAGGACGGCAUGGUCAUCACUCUAUAACACACACACACACACACACACACGGAUAGAGGUGCACGCGUCAUAUAAUCGCCCUCUUAACCUGAUCCCACCCAGAGACUUCACAGCCUGGGGCAACAGACUUGACGUGGGACGACUUCACUACUUUCUUAAAGCUUUUUGUAAAAUGUAAUUUAACAUCUUGAAUUUUUACUUGUUCUUAAAUGACGUGUCUUAUCUUAUCUGUCGGGGUGAUGCAUAGGGAAUAGUCUGGUACAUGUCUCUCUCUUUGUUUUUUUUAUCUCUGUUUUCUCUCUUUUCCUUUUAGUCGGUUUCCAGAGCCACAGAUUACAUACUAAUUUACAGUGAAUGUCGCUUAGAUCAAGUUUUGCAUAUGGAAAGAAUCUUCAUUUUUUUCUUCUGAAUGUCUCAGCUGUAAGGUUCAGGCCUGUCUAAGGCUUCUGGCUUCAUACAUACCGUAAAGUAUAUCAAACAUUUUCCACUACCACAAGCAGUCCACUGGAAUUCUGGGAGAAAUAAGCAAGGUAUUAUACCGAAUCAUUAGCCACCUCUGUUCUGUAGCUUUAUAACUCAUUCAUUCCAGCAGCCUGAGUGUUCCAGGUGAUGUACGAGAAUACACUGUAAUUUCAUGAAUCACUGUAAUUUCCUGGAUCAAGAAUUUCUUACUAAACAUUCUCGAUGAUGGUGUCUUAGGAUGAUGUUUUGCUUGGACAUGUGUGCUUAGUUUUCUAGCACAUGUGUAACACAGUGACCAAAAAUAGUCCUCUUUUUUUUUUUUUUUUUUUUUUCCCCGAACCCUCUGUAUACUGCAGUGACGUUUACGUUUUCUGACUAACAAGCACACAUUUUUGUCGCUCAGCUCCUAAUGAAUUGUCAACUCCGGGCUCAUGACACAGCUGUGUAGAGUUUCUCCGUUCUCUCAGCUUGUUUAGCUUCCACAUGCAGGUGCUAAAAGGAAAAGUCCCCCCUGAACCGAUGGCAUAUUAAUCUUUAUAACUAGUCGGUGGUGUCCAAGAUGAAGUUAUUUGAUUGACAUGUUGUUCUGUUUUCACGUACACACUCUACCUAAGCCUGUGAUGCGGCGGCGCUUUAGUCAUCUCUGUCCAUCUCGCUCGCUUCCUCGUUUCUAAGCUCUGCUUAAACGCAUCAGCUUUCGUGCUAAUACCGCAGUCAAGCUCAUCGCAUUGCAUUCUGGGAGUCCAGCUUUUUUUUUUUUUUGCUAACCUUCUCCUUUACUUUCUAUGUUGUUUCUCAUUAUUGUGACGUCCUUAAUGUGACAUCAGUGUAGCACACAGCUGCCAAAUUCUCACAGGGUCAAUAAAAAUGUAGCACCAACCAACAAAUCAGCACCUGAAUCGCUCAUUUCGUGUGUUUUCUUUUUCAUGGUGGAGUCUUUUAAUGUGCACUUUUAUCACCAGUGGAUCUGGGAGCAAUCAUUACAUAAAGCAUGAAUCCUAUCAGUGGUGUUUUUCACCUCUUUUAGUUAAAGAAAAGUGUGUUCAUCAUCAGCGGGUGUCAUCUGUAUGUCUGGUUUUUUUUUUUAGAUGAGCAAAUUGAGGCUUUGCUAGUGCUGUCAGUGUCUAGGCACAUACAUUACCCUUCAUGAUCCUGUGUGCCUUAGGAAAACUUGGACUCUGCAUAACUCAUAAACUCCUUCAUCUGGUAGAAUCCAGCCACUGAAUAUUCCGUAGCUUGUUUCAGGUUCACAUACGUAUCCGUGUCACCCUCUACUGGUCACAUCUGGAGUUCAUCAUCAACACACCGGGAACCUCCUCACAUCAGAGUAAAUGUAUAUUUAUUCUGCAGAAAUGUGUCUUGGUUUUUUGUUUUUUUUUUUCCUUCAUUUCUUUGUUUGUUUGUUUUUUUUCCCUCUGUACAUCAAUUUUAAGUUUAAAU